UGAGAAUGGUCAAAGCCGUGCUGGAUAAAAUGGAGUAUGGCACAUACAUCAAGAUGUGGUAUAUAUGCUAAGACGAAUCCGCUGAAGAAGCUGCCUCUCUCUGUAGUUCAUUCAAUCCAAACAAACUCCUGGUUUAGCAUCUUGACCGUUCCAACAUUGACGUCUCAUCGUCCAAAAUGGCUCCCCAAGUGACUAAUGUUGGCUUUAUCGGCCUCUCAUCCCGACCGUAAGUGCCACCCCCACUCUCUGUUCUUCAACUUCACGACAACUAACAAAACUUGCAGUGAAUGGUCCUGGGCCGUCGCCGCUCACCUCCCCUACUUCACCCACUCCAAAACCUACAACCUCGCCGCCCUCCAAAACAGCUCCAAAGAAACAGCCCAGAAAGCAAUCCAUUUCCACAGCCUCUCCCAAAACACCAAAGCCUACGGCGAAAUCGACGCCCUCGUCGCAGACCCGGACGUCGAACUCGUCGCCGUGACGAUCAAAGUCCACCUCCACGCCACGGCCGUCGAAGCCGCCAUCCGCGCCGGCAAACGCGCCGUCUUUUGCGAGUCGCCUCUCGCCCGGAACAGCGCCGAGGCAGAGCAUCUGACAUCCCUAGCUAAAGAACGAAACGUCAGGACUUUGGUAGGCUUGCAAGGGCGUCAGAACCCUGCUACCCUCAAGGCCAGGGAGCUCGUUGAGCAAAGGGGCGCUGGGGGACAUUCUGCAAACGACGAUAUUGUUUACGAGCCCUUGGUUCGGGGCUACGUUCCCCGAGACGGCGGUAUACGGCGCCGAUAUCUCGAAUGGUGCGAAUCUGGUGUCCAUCUCGGCUGGCCACGCUCUGGACGCGCUGUGUUUUGUUCUAGGCGAGUUGAGGGGAAUACAGGCUACCUUGGCGAAUAACCGGCCUCGGGUGGUCGUCACCGACGUCGAGGGGAAGCCAAAGGGGAGACUGAGAAGACGGCGCAUGAUCACCUCUCUGUGGUGGGAGGCUUCCCGGAGGUGGGGUGGCGACGGCGAUUUGCGUGGGUGCUAUGAGCCAGGUUGACAAGAAUUUCUUUUGGGAGAUUACGGGCACCAAGGGGACGAUUCUGACUGAGGGUCCCAUGGGGAAUAUUCAGGGGUUUCCGCCGACGAUCACGCUUGUCAAGGCUGCGCCGGGCGCUGUGUUGGAGGUUGUGGAGGUGGAUGAGGUCAAGGGGUUUUCGGAUAAUACUGGUAAGGCUUGGGAGACGUUUGCGGGGGGACCUGAGGAGGCACCGGAUUCUGAGGUUGCGCUGACUAGGCAUCACAUCAUAUGUUGGAUGCUAUCUGUAAGAGUAA